AUGUCUGUAGUGUUAGAGGAUGUUGGAACCGAGUACCUUGUUCGACCAGUGGGUCGUGCUGAAGACGAGGAAGAUGCGAGUGAUUUUGAACCAGAGGAGGAUGGUGAUGAAGACGAUCUUGAUGAAGAGGAUGAGGAUGCUGAUGCUGGUGGUAAAGUCGAGGCUCUGCCAAAGAGGAAGAGGCCAGACAAUGGCUCCGAUGACGAUGAUGGUGGAGAGGAUGAUGAGAGACCACCAUCCAAGCGAUAG